AUGUCUGAAAGACCUGUCUUCCUGGUUACGCACCCACGUGCCUGUUCCACCGCCUUCGAAAGGGUUUUCAUGACUCGUCGGGACGUUCUCAAAUGUGCCCAUGAACCAUUCGGCGAUAGUUUCUACUAUGGCCCUGAGCGACUUAGUGAGCGAUAUGCCGAUGAUGAAGCCGCUAGGGAAAGCAGUGGCUUUUCCAAGACCACUUACAGUGAUGUCUUAAACCGCCUGGAAAGAGACGGCAGCGAGGGCAAGCGCGUUUUUAUCAAGGAUAUGGCUUAUUACUUGAUGCCCCCAAAUGGGAAGCCUGCAACGAUCGCCCCGUCUCUACGCAAGAGCGCGGAUUACACCGAAGAAGGAAACCCAACGGUAAUACCUCUAAAGAUUCUCAAGAAGUUUCACUGGACGUUCCUCAUUCGUCAUCCCAGACGAGGUAUUCCCUCGUACUUCCGAUGCUGCGUGCCCCCAUUGGAUGAAGUAACCGGCUUCAAGAAAUUCAUGCCAAAUGAAGCCGGCUACAUAGAGUUGCGCCGAUUGUUUGAUUAUCUGCGAGAGCAGAAGACUAUCGGCCCAAGCGUAGCAGGCGAAGCGAAUGGGCAUCAUGGUGGAGAAAUUACCAUCACCAUUAUUGAUGCGGAUGAUCUUCUCGACCACCCAGAGCCGGUCGUCAAGGCGUUCUGCAAAGAAACUGGGAUCGAAUUCUCACCGGACAUGCUCACUUGGGAUGACGAAGAGAACCAGAAAUACGUCUCUGAGGCAUUUGCCAAGUGGAAUGGAUUCCAUAAUGACGCAAUUCACAGCAAAAGCCUCACAGCCAGGACUUCAGCCCACAAAACUGUUACCGAUGAAUCUGAAAAUGAAGAAUGGCGACAGAAGUAUGGUGAUGAGGCCCAGAAGGUAAUCAGAGCUUGUGUGGAUGAGAAUAUUCCACAUUACGAGUAUCUGAAGUCCUUCGCCUUGAAGUUUUAG